UAUCUAUCUGAAGCCUUGUUAUUUAAAUUAAACGCUGCGUUUCGAGUGCAAGUGCGCUGCUCACAGCUCGAUCGAUCAAUACCCAAAUGUCGAAGCGGAAAGUAGCCACGGGAACUUCACGGCGGGAAUAUGCAGCAGCCGAGGAGCGUUUGCUCGACAUUUUCUCGCCACUAAGCGGUGCCCAGGAGGUGACCACAAGCGGAGCUGAUGCAAUGCCUAAUGCAGUUGAUGCGGCCAAUGCAGCGUCUCCUGCUGCUGCUAUGCGGGGCGAGUUUGACGUGGAUCCCUCGAGAGACAACAUGAUGCACUUUAUAUCGGACGACCUGGAAAUACGCAGCCUGUUGGCCAGCUCCAAUAGCAGUCCCUUUAACGGUUUCUGCGAUGACAUGGUCGAUUAUCCCGAUGAAGGCAAAACGGUCCAACAAUCCCUAGUCUUCGGGACAGCGCCAAAACGGGCCAGCGCCCUGCUCAGUCCGCUGUCCAAUGCGGGGUCACCUUUGGAUAUGCCAGAGGCAGACGCAGGCACAUCUGCUGGCUACAUGCAGCACAUCACAAAUGGCAAUCUCAAUGGCAGGCAGUCGGAGCUGGAGCCGUCGCAUGAGCAGCAGAAGCAGCAGCAACAGCAGCAGUUAGUCAUGGAUUGUCAAAAUGUUAUCGUUGAAGAACACGCAGAAUGCGUCAUCUAUGAUGAUGAGGAUGAUAAUGUGGUGCUGCUAAACGAUGAUGAUCACUGCUGCGAGAUCAUUGUGGCUGCCCAUGGCGGCCACCCGGAGCAGGAAAUCGAACGUUCCUAUCUAUUGGGACUGCAGCAUGUGCCGAGCAACGAGCAGGAGCCGCUUAAUAAUGGCGUCAACUAUGGCAGCGAGCAGGAGCUGGAGCACAGUGGCGAGCCGCACGUUUAUCUGAGUGAUGCGGCUCUCGAUCACCAGCAGCACCAUUAUUACCAGCAGCAGCAGCAGCAUCACCACCAGCACCAUCACCAGCAGCUGGAGGAAGAGCAGCUACAGCUCGAUGCUUCCGACGAGGAUCAGGUUUGUGACGCAUUUGUUGACGAGCAGCCGGACAUUUGUGAUGUGUACGAGCACGAGUUGGAGGAUAAUGAUCAGGACGAUCAAGAUAGCAGCUUGCAACUGGAAUUGCAGCCAGAGCAGCAGGUGGCCAUGGUGCAGCUGGAGAUCAGUAGCGAAGAGCAUCAGCAGCAGGAUGAAGAAGAGGAGCAGGCUGCUGUAGCUGCAACUGCCGCUGCCGUACCACACAGCAGCACUACAGAGUUUCCAGUCAGCUCCACUUCGUUGACAAAUGGCAGCGACUACGAUGACUACGACGAUGACCAAGGCACCGCCGAAGAACAAUCCCCACCGGUGCUGCGCAAGUAUAUUCCCCUGCUGAAGAAUACACUGUCAGCGGAGGCUAUGGAUCGUCGGCUGGCGAGCAUUUGUCAGUCGCAGCCGCAGAUGACACUCAGCGAGAAGCUGGCUAGUUGGAAUUGUUCGACCGUCUGUGAGGCUGUGGAGGAUGUGGAGAAUUUUGACGCAGUCUUCGCGGCGCAAGAAGCUGAGCCCGCCAAGCGACCCAAGUUUAACGAGUUUCAUGAGUUUUUGCGACAGAGCUCCAUCAAAAGCAAACAGGAGUUGAACGAACGCACUAGAGGCGACACAAUGGACACGGCUAUUGCACCGGAUACGCCGUACUCCAGCGAAGAUGCGGCCAUGCAGAAGCGCCCAAACUAUCGACGCCUACUGCCAAUCAUUCCGCCCGCUGAACUGGUCGAGCCCAUUGUGCUGGAUGAUGAUGAAGAUGAGGAUGACAAUGAUUGCUACGAGGUCGUCGUUAAUCCAUCCACUAUGACGCUGGUGCCAGAGCGGAAGCAGCAACAGCAGCAACCUAACGUUAAAACAAUGCAGACCCAAACGCUUCUGCCACUUCCGCGGGAAACAAAGGAAACAUCCACCACAGAUCUGGUCAAUCAAAGCACGCCAUCUGUACCCAUGGACUGCUUGGGGCAAGUGGAGGUGCCACAUCAGCAAAUUGGCGAAUCUCAAGAGUUGCAUGCCACCGCAGCCCAGACACAUCUGCAACUGCAGCAACAGCACGAAGAACAACAUCAGCCACCAGUGCACUCGAAUGAUGCACAAUUCUAUGAGCAGCACGAGUUCUGCAAUUACCUGGGCCUCACCGAGCUGGCAACGGCCAAUGCGGUCGCAACUGCCAUGCGGGAACUGGCCAACAGUAAUCUGGCGCGUCGCUCGCUUCGGGUGCGCACGCAACAGCAGCUGGACAGGAUGCGCAGCGAUGUGCGGGGCAAAAGGCGAGGGGGCAAGCAACGGGAGCAGCUGCAGCAACAGCAACUGCAGCAGCUUCAGCAACCGGAGGCAAUUGGUCAGGAGUUGAACAGCGACACGAGCAGCAUCAGCAGCAAUGCGAGCAGAUCCAAGAAGAGCACAACUGCAUUGGACGCUUUCUCGGUGGAGCCGCAAAGCGGUAACUUUGUCUUUCCGAUGUUUGCCACAAUGGGCACCGUUAGCGAUACUAGCAAGUACUACUGCAGUGCCCAGGGCGAUGUGAUGCAGCUGCAUGAGCAGCAGCAGCAAGAGUCACACUUCCAUGCCCAUUCCCAGUUGCCUGCCAGCGAUUUUCAUACAAUGUCCUUGGAGGCGGCGUUCGCAAAGGUUUAUGCCGCCGCCGCGCCCACCCAGAGCGAUCUCUAUGAGAGCAUUCAGAAUCGCUUGCGACAGGCGCGCGAAAGGAAGCCCGACAUUUACAUAGUGAAAGCCACCAACAAUGCCAUGCCCACCAGCCCCAAACCACCGAGCACAGUCAAGGCGCCGCACAUUGCGCCAGAUCGCCGCAGCCCACAGUACAACAACAACAACGAUAAACCGGAGCAAGCUGCUCCGCCCGACAAGGGCAACCGCAAGACCCACAAAAAAAUGGUGGCAAAGACGUCGAAACGUCGUCGCGCCCCCAGCAAGACAACGGGUCGGCCUGAACGGGAUCUGGUCACGCGUUCGACGACGCACAUGAACUCGAAACUGCUGCGCAAUCGCAAGGUGAAUCUACUCCAGAGCUACCAGUUGUCCGAUGCGCGUGGCAAGCAGCGCCUCAGCGGCGGCACACAGCCGACCCUCAAACGCCGCAGCACUCCCAAGGUGGACAAGCGAAGUGCGAAGAAAGCGAAGAUGUUGCACGAGCAGAUAGUGAUCAGUCAGGCGACAUCGUUGCCCAAGCUGCACAAGCUGAAAUCAUCAAAGCAGCUGUCGCCUUCAGUGCAGAAGCAGCCGCCGGUGCAGGUGCAACCAAAGGCGAACACGAAGCGAAUGCGUUUGCGUACCAACUCUCUGCCGACGGCGUUGGUCGUUGGCGACUGCGAUGUGGUGCGAGCCACACCCGAGUUGAGCCCCAAGAAACCACAGACCAAGCUGUUCAUGGAUCCGCAGGAGUUCCUCACGCUCAAGGGUGUGGUCAGUCCGCCCCAUUACAGUGCGGCAGUGCGUCGCUAUGUGAAUGCUGUGUGCAAGCCCAGCGAACUGAUUUCUGGAGGAGAACAGCAGGAGCAAUUGCAACAGCAACUGUCACAGCAAAGACAAGCAAAACCGCAGCAGCAGGAGAAUCAGUCGCCUGAGAUCAGCUUCAAUGCUGUAGCCACACCAACAUUAAUCCAAUAUCCGCCAUUAUCGCCACCCCCAUCGCAGCGGGCACCGCAUUUCUCGCGCCGCACACGCCAAUUGGCCGGCUUCACUCCCCGCAGAGACGAACCGAUUGAGCCCAAUGUACCGUUGAGGCCAUCGGGUGGACUCUUAUCCCUCAGCCAGGGCUCGACGGCACUGCGCAACCCGCUGGCGGGCAAGAAUGGCAAGGUGCUGUACAUGUAUUAUGAGCUGGAUCAGCUCAUUGUGCUGCAGGAGAAAUUCAUCUCGUUCUGGAAGUACUCGAAUCUUUUCGGUGUACUUCGCAAAGAGACACCAGAAGCCAGCCGUGCUGCAGCAACCCAACAUAACGCCUACAACAUAUUCAACACACCAAACCCAAAUCAGAAUACCCGAAAGACAUCGACAGACUCGGACAAAUCAGAUGGCAUCGAUGCACCGCGCUGGAUUUAUUUAGGAGGAACGCGACGCGUUACAAACGAUGUUGAGGUACCAACGCCACAUAGUAAUCGGCUGUGCACGCACAACGCGACGCCCGUCUACAUCGAGAUGCGCAGCCAUCUGCUGGAGCAGCUUAAGCGAGAGAGCAAACUGUUAUCGCUGUACGUGAACGUCUACUACUACUGCGAGGAGGAGCUCCGUCCCAAAAUGCACUCGGUGCAUUUGGAUGCAGUCAAUUGCGAUUGGAACGAGGUGAUCUAUACGAGCAUUCGGGAUUCGCGCUACUUUGUGAUGGCACACCAGCAGGAGAUGGUGCUGGGCAAACCGCGGACUGGCAUGUGCAAAUACUCGUUGACGCCCACACUGGAUACGCUGGCCAGCAUACGGGAGUUCAAACCGAUGCGCCAUGUGCUGAGGCAUAUUGAGUGUUUGACGGAGGAUCGACUGAUUGGUUACGGGCAGACGCGCAUUACUAUUUGGGAUCAUCGCAGCGGCGAUAUGUUGAUGAACUAUGAUUUCGGCUUUGAGCUUGGCCACAAUCUGGGCGCCAUGCAUUUUCCAAGCUUCGAUAUGGAGCAAAGCAGCAUGCUCGUCCUCUAUCAGCAUAUCAAGGAGCCAAACAAUUGGCCCGAAUUGCGCAUAAUUGCGUGCGAGCUGUCGCAUGCAACACCUUCGCAUCGCUUGCUGCACGUGCACCAUCUGCCUUCCCCACAGUUUGACUGUCAACUGAUGACCUUCAAUACUGGCGAUCAUCUGAUACUUAUAGCGCCAACGGACGACGAAGUCUGGAUUAGCACCUCCGAUCCACGACAGCUCACAUAUGUGGCGCCACAGGGCACUCAGCGCUUCUACACGCGUCAAAAGUCACAGAUCAUCACAAUGACGCAGACAACGCUCGCCGUGGACAGCAUUGCCAAUCAUGUGCUGAAACUGUCCACAGAGCAUCAGGAUAAAAUGAUGAUGGCGGCAUCUUCCAGCCCACAGCUUGCCGUGUCCACAUAAGAAAAUAUGAAAACAAGCAAAACAACAAAAACAUAAAACAAACCUAAUUUCAAAAAAACAAACAAUACAAUUCAAAAUGUCCCGUCGCUAAAAUGUAGUUUGGGAGCAACAUACACACAAGUGCAUAUAAUUUUUAGUUGCUAUUUUAAUAAACCCCUAUUUGAUUACCAAAAUUUUUCAUAAAACCAUAA